GUCAAAUUGCAGACCACGUCGCUCUCUUCACAACUGGUCUGUGCCAAAGCAGGGCGGACAACGACUCGGUCAUCUUAGUGCUCGACGUUUAUGCGUUACGCUUGUCUUGCUUUUCCCAUGCUGGGAAGCAGAGCCGGUAGUUCGAACACCUUUAAAAUCCUAUUCGAUGGCUUUGGCAAUCUACACCUAUUCCCUUGCUCGGAAUGCUGCCUGAUCUCUUGAACUCCACUGUCAGUUCAAAAUGAGGCAUGCUAUCUGUAAGGCAUCAAUGAGUUCAGUUGGUUUACAAGGUUACAAGGUGAGGGAAACAUUUCAUGUUCUUGCAAAGGCAAGCGAAGGGGCCACGCCUUUGCUACUCACGGAAUUAUAUCGGUUCGAUUACCGGCUUGCUUUUCGUUCAUCCAAUCCGACAACAACCGCGAAGCAUCGAGGAUCGAGGUUGCGAUUUGUGUCGUCUCGUCACCGACAUCAUGAUUGCAUCUGGAUUGACGUCAUACACAGUGUCCUCCCUCCUUAAAGCCAUUGCUCCGUCUAGUUUCCCUUCACUUCCCCUUACAACCUCCGCAUAUCAUUCAACAGUGCCACUGGAUUCUUCAAGCAUUCUCUGCAUCUGAUAUGUCUUCUGGAGCCAUGCAGUCAAACGUUGGGAAUUCCCAGAUCUACAACGACGGGGACCAAAGAAAUCCCCGUGGAACGAACGAAGAACCGUCUCCAUACCAUGCUGGCAAAGAACAUUCGCACAACGACCUUGAUUCCAAAGAUGAGCGCAGCAUAGCCAACAGACUCGCCGCAGCGACUACCAAAAGCAAAUGGGACGCGCAGAAAACAGUCGACGAUCCCCUAGCUCCUGCGACUAGUCAAGGUCAUGAGCCUUCGCAUGGCGCCAAGGUCGAUGCUGAACUGCAGCGGGAGGACGAGCAGUAUCUCAAGCAAAAACAGGCAUGA